UGCGGGUCUUUACUAGAUCAAUGACCCUCUCCGAAGGCGACCCUCUGAAGGAUUGACUACUGACGCACGUAAUAAAUAAUCUGGAAAUAUGGCAAAUUCUUUACCACGACAGAACUUUCAUGCCGACAGUGAAGCAGCAAUAAAUCGACAAAUCAAUUUAGACUUAUACUCCAGCUAUGUUUAUCAAUCUAUGGCCAUGUACUAUGAGCGGGAUGAUGUAGCCCUGUGUGGGUUCAGCAAGUUCUUCAAGCAGCAGUCGGACAUUGAGAAAGGGCAGGCAGAGAAACUGAUGGAAUACCAGAACAAGCGAGGGGGGCGCAUUGUGCUCCAGACUGUACAGAAACCUGAGAACGAUGAGUGGGGCAGUGGUUUGGAGGGCAUGCAGAUGGCUGUCUCCCUAGAGAAGAGUAUCAACCAGUCACUGUUGGAACUGUAUGGCGUGGCAGAAAAACAUGGAGAUGAACAUCUGGGUGACUUCAUUGAGGACCACUUCCUGGGGAAGCAAGUGGACACCUUGAAGGCGAUGUCAGACUAUGUUACCCAGUUGACCAAUGUCGGACCUGGUCUUGGGGAGUUCCAGUUUGACCAGAAACUUCAGGGCGCAGAAAUGUAGACUAGCUAGAUCCAUAUCCCUUGCCAAAAGGACACAAUGUAGUUAGCAGUGGACCAAAGACGUUCAAGAGUUCUAUGUCUAGGGAGUAGUAGCAAAAAUAAUGCUUUUGUUGUAGUUAAAAAUGUAUAUGAAAAUUGUUUCAAUGUUACAGUGUUAAUUAUAGCAACUAUGACUAAUUGACUAUUGUAUUCUUAGAGGACAAUCUCUAUAAACAAAUUAAUGUAAUUUUCUGAAAAAAGCUAAUAAGUAAAUGUAUUGUGGUAUGAAUAGGGAAUAUAUGUUGGUUUAUCUGUAGGGCUAUAUCUUUUACCUAGUCCAUAUGGUAUAUAAGACCUAAGGUUGGGUGCAAUGUAUCUUUACAAAAGCAACAAGAAGUGAUGAAAUCCCGUAUAUCAACCGACUAACAUAGAAUUUUAUACCUAAAAAGUAUUUUUUAAAAAGAUAAUAAUAAUUUUCUUUACAAAAGCAUUUUAAUUCGAUGACAAGCAUCCUAUUUCCUUUGUGUAGUAUUACGAAAGUAGAUUUGCACGUGUAGACCAUGCUUCUGCAUCUAUACCGAUUCACAAAACGUAGUGUGUAAUUCAGAAUUUUUCCAGUUUUCAUAUUCUGUGUUUUUAUCAUGCAAUAUGCAUAUACAUAUUGACAAAACAGGUAUGCAAUAGGUAUGAAUAUAAUGUUUCAGAGUUAAACCUGGAAUGCAGCUUACUUUUUCCAUAAUUUGUAUCCGAAUAUUUCUAACAUUUUUAAAGUAGUAAAAGAUCAUAAUAUUGUCCGUUCCCAAUUUCAAUGUUGUAACAUUGUGUAUAAGAUGUUUUAAGGUGUAAAAUUUGGUAAAUUUUGAAUGCCUGGUGACCUUGUACUUUUUUGGUAUCAUUUAAAAGGGUUUGAGGGGCAGGGGAAGAAAAUUUUAGUAUUAUACCGUUAAAAAUAAUGCAAACACGCUGUUUAGGCAUUAAAAUAUUGAACAAUUCAAGGGUUUCGUUAAAUGAAGUUUGGAAGAAUAUAACUCCCUAAAAAUGUGCCAAUACUUCAAAAAUAGGGUCUUUUGAAGUACAAAAACUUCCACUAUUUUUUGAGAAAAUUUCCAAAAGUGAAGGAUUGGAAGUUAAGAAUAUCUUGCCAAUGUUACUUUAUGGUCACAAUCGCAAGAAACCCUUAAAGUAAAACGAAUUCUUUAAAUACAAUUUUGUGAAGUUUGCAAGAUAUAGUCUUAAAUUAUUUAUAACAUUUAGUAUCUAGAUGGAUAAUAUUGAACAUUCUCAGAGUUUCAGUGGCACAAACUUCAAUAUUUCAGAGGAAAAACUCCCAAAUAUUGAUGUUUAGGAAGUUCAUACUUUCAGUUUCAAAUUCUGGAAGCCCUGACAAUUGUUCAAUUUACCGAUAUUUCUGAUUUCAGUUGAAAUACCAUAAAGAACGAAAAUUCAAAUGGCCAUCAGUUUGCUUUUUAUAUUUUUCUAGUCAUUUAUUUUACAUACAUGUAUAUGUAUUUAGCAAGCAAUAUUCUUUCAUUUAAUACCUAAAUCACAUGAGGUAGGGUUUUAGCUAAAAGAGGGGACAGGGUGCUGAGGGACGAAAGGGCACAUUGUAUCUGGAAGUGAAUAUUUAAAGCAUAAUGAAUUUUAUAGAAAAUAUUAGAAAUUUGAAGUAAUAUUACGUUUCAACUACCAAAUAUGUAAAGCAUGUUUGAAUUCAUAAUCAUAGUUGAAGUUUUAUUCAAAACAAAAGAAAAAAUUGAUUAUCUUAAGCAUUUAUUUUUUCGAAGGCAGAAGGGUGCACAGGCUGGUUUCAUGAAGGCAGAAGGGUGCACAUGCUGGUUUCAUGAAGGCAGAAGGGUGCACAUGCUGGUUUCAUGAAGGCAGAAGGGUGCACAGGCUGGUUUCAUGAAGGCAGAAGGGUGCACAGGCUGGUUUCAUGAAGACAGAAGGGUGCACAGGCUGGUUUCAUGAAGGCAGAAGGGUUCACAUGCCGGUUUCAUGAAGGCAGAAGGGUGCACAGGCUGGUUUCAUGAAGGCAGAAGGGUGCACAGGCUGGUUUCAUGAAGGCAGAAGGGUGCACAGGCUGGUUUCGUAAAGGCAGAAGGGUGCACAGGCUGGUUUCAUGAAGGCAGAAGGUUGAUUUUAAAAAGGACAGGGUUCAGCACCCUCCCAUAACCCUCUUGCUAACACCCUGCAUGAGUUUGUUUUAUUCACAUAUAUGUAAACUAAUUCAGUCUUUCUUCAUCCCAUUACUGUUUAUUAUAUGAAAAAAUAACUUAAAAAUAAGAUAUAGGGUAUGAAAUGACAAUAGGCAGGGUCUGAAAUGACUAUCCAAAGGGUACAAAAUAACCAAAAAUCGGACGGUACGAAAUGGUCAGGGUACAAAAUGACGAAGUUCCCUAGGUUACCAGGCAUCAAAUUUAACAUAAGUGUCAAUGUCUCAAUACCAUGAUACCUUCAAUAAUAUUUGCUUACAUGAGUGUAGUAUGUAUGUAGUGGCAAAGCAUUUAUUUAACUCACAUUGAAUAUAUGAAACUAUGAAUAAUUCAAUUGAUAUUCAUGUCAAAUGCAAAACUGGUGCUUAAAGAGUUACAUUUUGAAUGCAGAUAUUUUGAAAUAGUCUUAUUCAAAUUGAUUUUGAAAUAAUUAUAUAUAUUUUUUAAUUAAAUUGUAUAAAUUUUUAUUUGAUCUUAUAGAGUGUUUUGUUAUUUUUCUAUUCAAAUUGAUUUUGAAAUAAUUUACAUUUUUAGAAAUAUAAAUUGUAUAAAUUCAUGUAAGUUUUUGAUCUUAUCGCAUGUAUUGUUAUUUUUUUAUGGAUCUUCAAGCAGUGCAUCAGCUGCCAAACGCCCAUUGUUAAUCUGGCGCCAAUUUAUCGAAACAUUUUAAAUCUCCUAUAGCAGGAUUAAGCUCAUCUCACUAUUUUUGAUUUCAUAUAAUUUGCGCAAAAUUUACAUGCAUAACAGUUUUUGACUUCAAAAGGAAAAUAUUGCGAUUUACGAUACAUGUAAGUAUCACUUCUCCUAAAAGUCUCCUCACUUCACCCUAAUUUGACUGGAGGGAGAAGUCACGUCUCCCAAAAAUGUCAGCCUAAUGAGAGCCCUGAUUUGUAUGCUAAUCACGAUAAGCCAUUUCUUAUUAAGUCAAAAUUAGAUUAAUGAAAUAAGCUACUUAAGCUGGUUAUGCUUAAGACGUUUAGAGAAAUUGGGGCCCGAGUGUUUAGGACAUAAUUAUACAUGAACUAUUUGAUACUCACACUUUGUUAAUAUUUAGAUUUUUUGUUUUAGCAGGAAAUUAAUAAAUGUAAUAGUAUCACUGAUAUACUUCAGCAGCAUAUACUUUAUGUUUGUUAAUAAGUAAUAACAUGUAUGUUUAUAUAUUUUUUGUAGCUUAAUAAACUUUCUGAAUAGAAUUAAUGGAUUUGAGGAUAUACGUAUAAUGUACAUUGAUCUUGUUUUACAAGUAAUGGGUAAUCGAUAAUUCCAUUUUUUUACACUCUUGAGAUUUUGUUGUCUUGAAAUGAUGUUGAAUUGUUUGAAGUGUUACAUGAAAAUUUUAACAUUACAAUAACUGAGUUUGAAAAAAAUUUGUGUAACUAUAUUGUUACCAAUUUUUUAGCUACACUAACAUUCCAUCUUUUCAGGCCAAAACUUUACAAUGCAGUAAUUUCUAUCUGAUUGCUAGCGAUAAGGGUUGCUUUAUCUUUUGUAUCAAUACUGUUUAUUGUGAUAGCUAUUUACAUAUUGUCUUUCUGCACAUUGUCUUUCAAAAAUAUAGAAUCUCGAGUC